CUGCUGGGGGUGAUAUCCCUCCCCUUAUUGGAGAGUGUACUUCGCUGGAUUCAGCCCCUCGAUGUCCAUCAGCGACAUGACCCUAGCCUGCGGUCCUAGCUCCCUGACAGAGGCUUGACGUUGGAUGUGACUCGGACACUUGCAGCCAAAGCAGCGCAGUCUUUGGUAGUGAAGCUCCUCUGGCAUCUUUGGUGUGAGGCGCUUCCACAGGGAGGGAGGGAGGGAGGGAGUGGCGCCGCCUCCUCCACCGACGUCAGCGCUGGCGGCGGCUGGGCCUUGAGCAGCGGAGGCCGCGGUCGGUCGGCGGGGUGACGGACGGACGGACUGAAGACUAGGCCUUGGGCAGCGGCCGUUGCCGGGGUGACGGACGGACGGCGGCUGGGCCUUGAGCAGCAACAUCCGCGGUUGUAGGUCGGACGGCGGCUGGGCCUUGAGCAGCGGACAGCGGGUUGUCGGACAGCUGGUGACCGGGCCUCGGACAGCGGGUAUCAGUGUGUCCGACGGCCGGUGGUCGGCUCCGGGCGGGCGGGCGGGCCAUGUGGGAGAGAGUGCGAGGCCCGUGGCUGCUGCGCCUCUGUCUGCUGCUAUGGGCCGGGGAUGCGGUGCCCAUCUUACCGGCGGUGGAGGUGCAGAUCGGCCCGGGGCAGCGGAACAACGGCACCAACACCCCCAACACAACGACGCAAGGGGAGAAGGCCAGGACGGACGGCGCCUACAACACGGCGUCCGGCUCCGAGCAGACCAUGAUGAUCCAGCGGGCACUCUGUGUGCUGGUCGUGGUCACCGCCCUGGUGGUCAUCUACUUCGUGGUGAGGACCAUCAGGAUGAGGAGAAUUAGCAGAAAAAACCGAAAGUAUGGUAUACUGAAAACUAAUAUGGAAAACAUGGAAAUGAGGCCAUUAGAUCAGGAGGAUGAAGAAGAAGAUGAUACAUUAUUUGAUGUACAUCAUUCAAGAAGGUAGAUAAAGCGAAUCUUACGGUACGUUUUGCAAGAAAACCAAAAAGACAGAAUUAUCAAGACAUCAUCUGUUUCUUGCUCUACCAGAUCAAGCUUUGUCUGUAUAGUGUAUCGCCACAUACCAUGUUAUUGUACAGUAAUUUUGUAGCCCUGCCACUCUAAUGAAAAAUAUAUUAUUUUAAUAAGGUAAAACGUAUCUAAUAUAGGUGUAAAUGAAAAUGGAGAAUUGUACGUUUCUAUUUUAGUUUCUAAAUGACAAUUCCAAUCUUUAAAAUCUGUGGGGUGAAUAACGAAGAUAUUUACCCAAUUCUCUUGUAGAUAUAAUAUUAGUCACUUUUCAACUGAAGCAAUAUGAAAGUUUGGAUUUAAAACAAAUAAAUCGAUAUUUUCUAGCUCAAACAUUCAUUUUAUUUUUAAGGUUGGAAUCAGAGUGCCAAUAUAUAUAGUGUCAGUAACAGGAAUUUACAAACAAAAUUGACUAAGAUUUUAAUAUCAAAACAAAUUGCUGUACCUAGCAACACUUAAUUAUUUUUACACUAAUGUUUAAAGUGUUGGAUUACGUUUUUGAUAUUGUAGAUAUAGCAUGUGAACACAUUAUAUAAAGACUAAAAAAUCUCAAACAUUUUGUACAGAAUAUGCAAACCAGCAAAAUGUUUACAAAAUAUUUGAGGGAUUUUGAUUUAUUUUCCUUUGCAAAAAAAAUUUGGAAAUUGAAGCUUAAUAUUGUUUACUUGAUGUUGAUCAAUGCUUUUCAAUUCAGUUAUGAACAUGAUUUUUUGGGCAAAUGAUAGGGGCCUUUCUUAGGUAAAUUGUAAGAGUUAAUAAGUAGAACUUUGGUAUUUCAAAGUAAAUUAAAUGUAUUAUUGCUAAUUAAUAGCAUGAUAAGACAGACGGCUUUGAUUCUCCAAAUUAAAGUCACCCAUUUCAUUUUGUAUCUCCACAUUCCAAGAGGACAAAUUCAUGGUAGAUUUGGUAAUAAUGUUUUGAGUCCAUUGAAAAUAUUUUUUUUGAAUGAUUUAUCUUGUAUGAGAUUAAUAUAAUUAAUUGAUUUUGUGUGUGCAUCAAUGAAAACUUAAAAGUGAAAUGCUAACCAAGUAAUACAAGUUCAGAUAAACGCAGAAAAAAUAAAUGUUCAUAUGCAUCAUCA